GAAGACUCUUAUCACUUGUUGACAUCGACCUAUCCAGUCGAGGGAUGGAGGCUGAGCUGGAGGGAGGGAAAACGGGUUCUUGUUGGUUCGCUGGCCGGAACUCCUCGGAACAUCCUUAUCCUUGUCCUUGUUUGUAUUCAUCCCUUCGCAAUGAAGCUAACGGUUUUCUACCUCUUUGUUUAUCACCUAUCAACGCUCGGCUCGGCAACGUCAAGCUAUGAUUCCUGGGUAGCUGACCUCGAACCUGGGAUGAUCAUCAAAACAAUCUACGGAGAAGGGAAGACCUGUCACUGUAAAGUUCUUACCUCCACAUCUACCUCACCAGUCACCACUUCCACAACCACGACAUCCACUACAACCACGACAACUACAACCAAAAACCCACAACCUGUCGAUUUCUACGGCCAUGCUCCCUGUGAUGUUGACUUGGUAGUGACCCCGACCACUGACAUGCAUUGGAAAUCACCCAAUUACCCUUCGAACUACCCCGAUGGAGUCACUUGUAAUCUCACGGUCACGGUCCCCGCGGACAUGAAGUAUUCAGUCAUCAAAAUGACGCCUUCUGCCGACUCCUUGGUCUACGGGACUCCAUAUUGUCGCCACGACAAUUUGCAGUACAUCAGUUCGUUAGGAUCAGUUUCCAGGUACUGCCAGAGGCUGCAGGUGAUAACCGUGAUCUCAACCACGGACGUCCCCAAGAAGUUUUUCCUGCGAUUCGAGUCGACGUCUGCAGACGGCGGCAUGACGGAGAGAGGAUUCGAUUUCCAUAUCACAGCAGCAGUUAGCACGUAUGGCUGAAGACUGCUUGGCAUUACUUGACCUCGUGCAAGGAAGGGGAAUGCCUUGUUUAGCGAUGUAACUGAAAACCAACGAUAUCUAUCAAAGUUUAUUUAUUAAUUGUAGGGAUUCGGCGAAGGAAGCAAAAGAUUUUCGAUUUUCAUUUUAAAGUGUUGUUCAGUUAAGUAAACUGGUGUAAAAAUUUUGAACUUCAUGAAAAAAUGAGAGGUAAAGAAUUGUGAGGGUUUUGAGUUCAUUUAAGAGCCCAGGCGAAAAGGUUUUGAGUUUAUGGAAGCAUAGAUGCCAAAUGUUAUUGAAUUUAGAGGCAAAGAGUUUUCCAAACAAAAGCGCUAGCUACGUGGGUUUUCAGUUUACAUAAUUUGACUCGCAUUUACAUAUUAUUGUUAAUUGUUGUAUACUGCUAACAAUAAAAUGUUGAAAAAUUACAAA